AAGCCAUGGCCAUGAGAGAAAUCUACAUCUCCACAGGACUGAUCUCCUUCCUUCUCAUGUCCUCCGCUGCUCUUGCAAGCGACCAAAGCUACCUUGCUAGAGGCUCUACCAUCUCCACCCAGGAUGACACCACCACUAUCCUAGUGUCGCCCAAUGGCGCCUUCUCCUGCGGCUUCUACAAGGUGGCGACUAACGCCUUCACCUUCUCCAUCUGGUUCUCCAGGUCGUCCGGCAAGACCGUUGCCUGGACGGCCAACCGCGACGCCCCGGUGAACGGCAAGGGCUCCAAGCUCACCUUCCGGAAGGACGGGAACGGGAGCUUGGCCCUUCUUGACUACGAUGGCACAACAGUAUGGAGCACCAACACAACUGCGAGUCGCGCCAACCGUGCAAUGCUCCUCGACACUGGCGACCUUGUCGUCAUGGAUCCAGAUGGUCAUCACCUCUGGAGGAGCUUCGACUCACCAACCGACACGCUUCUGCCAUUGCAACCGAUGACUCGGAACACUAAGCUGGUAUCUGCGUCUGCUAUGGGUUUGCUCUAUUCAGGUUCCUACACCUUUUACUUUAACAGGGCCCAUGUUUUGAGUCUUAUCUACAAUGGCCCUCAGGUUAGUAGCGUAUAUUGGCCUAAUACUUACGACGAAUCAUGGGGGGGAAAUAUGACUACUUAUAACAGCAGCCAAUAUGGGAUUCUUGACCAGAAGGGACAAUUUGUGGCUAGUGACAAUCUUCAUUUUGAAGCGUCUGAUCUUGAUCAGGAGGUCAUGAGGAGGCUGACUCUGGACUAUGACGGCAACCUUAGGCUGUAUAGCCUAGACGCUACCAGUGGCAACUGGUCCGUCUCUUGGAUGGCGUUCUCUCGACUCUGUCAAAUACAUGGAGUGUGCGGCAUUAAUAGCCUCUGCACAUACAGACCGGAGCCAUGUUCUUGCCUUGAAGGCUAUGAGAUAGUUGAACCAAGCGACUGGAGCAAAGGGUGCAGGCCCAACAUAAAAAGCACAGCCAACCAAGAUUUUGCAUUUAGGAAGCUGCCAGGACCAGAUUUAUGGGGUUACGACGUCGACUAUGCCGAACAGGUGCCAUUGUGGAAGUGCAGAGAAAUGUGCCUGGGCAAUGACAACUGCCAUGCUUUUGGUUACUUGAAUGGAUCAGGCCAAUGUCAUCUGAAGGCCUUGCUCAUCAGUGGCAAGAAUAUCAGAGGACCAUAUAUUGAUAUCUAUCUGAAAAUACCCACGGUGGUGUUAACUUCACAGGAAUCACCUUCUAGAAUAAAACAUGCUUGCAAAGUCACUGAAAUAGAGGCGCCUUCACCGACAACGUUCAAGUUUGGCUACUUCCUAUCUUCUGCAUUGACCCUGCUUGUCAUUGAAGUCACGUUAAUCCUAGUAGGGUGUUGGAUUGUACACAAAUGGGAGAGAAGACCAGAGAUUACAGACGAAGGCUACACGAUAAUUUCCAGCCAGUUCCGAAGGUUCAGCUACAAAGAGUUACAGAAGGCGACCAAGUGUUUCCAGGAAGAGCUAGGAAGUGGCGGAUCAGGAGCGGUUUACAAGGGAGUCCUUGAUGAUGAAAGGAAGGUCGCAGUGAAGAAGCUAAAAGAUGUGAUUCAGGGAGAGCAAGAGUUCAGGUCUGAACUUAGUGUCAUCGGAAGAAUUUAUCAUAUGAAUUUGGUGAGAAUUUGGGGGUUUUGUGCUGAGAAGGCCCACCGUCUCGUGGUUUCUGAGUUUGUUGAGAAUGGUUCUCUAGACAGAGUUCUGUUUGAGAAUCAGAACUUAUCUCCUGUGCUGCAAUGGAGCCAAAGGUACAAUAUUGCACUUGGGGUAGCAAAAGGACUGGCCUAUCUCCACCAUGAAUGUCUUGAAUGGAUCGUGCACUGCGAUAUCAAACCAGAGAACAUAUUGUUAGAUGAAAACUUCGAGCCCAAGAUUGCGGAUUUUGGAUUGGUGAAACUAUUAGGUCGAGGAGCAGGAGCACAAAUGUUGUCAAGAGUGCAUGGGACUAGAGGGUACAUUGCACCAGAAUGGGCUCUAAACCUUCCAAUCACUGGCAAGGCUGAUGUUUACAGCUAUGGAGUAGUGCUUCUUGAGUUAGUAACGGGGAUGCGGGUUUCCACCCAGGUGGUUGUGGGUGACGGGGAGGUGGAAAUGGCUGUUAGAUGCUCUGCUGAGAUUCUUAAAGAGCAAAUGGCAAGCAAAGAUCGGUCAUGGCUCCUGGAGUUUGUCGAUUGCAGAUUGGGUGGAGAUUUUGACUAUUCACAAGCAGCUAUGAUGGUGAAGAUAGCAGUGUCAUGUGUAGAAGAGGAGAGGAGAAGACGACCAAGCAUGAGCCAUGUCGUUGAAGCUCUACUUUCACUGGUAGAAUAAUGUCUAGUGCUAUUGUUCUAGCUAGCUGAUGUGCCUACUAUGAGAGAAUAAUGAUGUGCUGUUGCCCAGAAAUGCUACUGGGAGCCUUAUGCCAAUCUUAUGUAAGAUGCCUAGAUAAUUAUCUUAUGUAAUGAACUAGAGAAC